AUGCGAAACCCGCAUCCCCAUUUUCCGUCUCAGCAGUUCCCCCCAUCUUCGCCCUACCCGUCCAUUGCGACCCUCAUUUUCUCGUGUUCGUCGCUCAUCGUAGUCCCGUCGUCGCCGCAUGUGUCGCAUCCCGCACGGCAGGUGAUGGCGUCACAGAGCAAGAUCUACAUGGUGCUCGAACUCGCCGCCGGCGGGCAGCUCUUCGACCGCAUCGUGCACCGCGGGCGGUUGGCGGAGAGCGAGGCGCGGCGGUACUUCCAGCAGCUGGUGGACGCCUUCGACUGCUGCCACGCCAAGGGCGUCUGCCACCGCGACCUUAAAGUGAGCCCCUCUGCUCUGCUCCCGCCACCUCAAAACCAGCGCGGCAAUCUCAAGGUGUCGGACUUUGGGCUGAGCGCCCUGCCGCAGCAGCAGCACCGCGACGGGCUGCUUCACACUACCUGCGGCACUCCCAACUACGUCGCUCCUGAGGUGCGCCCCUCUGCCCCUCUGCCCCACCGCUCCACUGCUCCCCUGCCUCACUGCGUCACUACCUCACUGCUCCACUGGUACGACGGGAGCCUGGCGGACGUGUGGUCGUGCGGUGUCAUCCUCUUCGUGCUGCUCGCGGGCUACGCGCCCUUCCAGGACAGCGACUUGCGCCCGCUCUACCGCAAGAUCCGUCAUGCACUCUUCUCCUUCCCCGCGUGGGUCUCGCCCUCCGCGCGCUCCCUCAUCUCCGCCAUCCUACAGCCCGACCCUGCCAAGCGGCUGACGAUGGAGGGCAUAAGGCAGCACGCGUGGUUCAAGCCGGGACUUAGCGCAUGGGGGAGCGAGCAGGGACUGGGGGAUCAAGGAGGGAGAGGGGGCAGGAGUGAGGGGCAUGGGAGCGAGGGGGGCGAAGGCGGCAGGGCAGAAGGUGGAGGAGUGAAGGAGGGUGGAGCGGGAGCAGCGGCGGCGGAGGAGAGUCCGGAGCUGAUGAACGCGUUUGACCUGAUAGCACGUGCGCACGCGCUGAACCUAGGAGCGCUCUUUCACCGCCGUGCCGAUCCUGUUCUGCGCCAAACCCGCUUUGCCUCGCGCCUGCCACCCGCCCUCAUACGCUCGCGUCUCCUCGCGCUUGCGCCCGCCCUGCACGCUGAUGCGCACGCCAAGCUCUUCAAAAUCCGAUUCUGCCGCCCUGCAAGGAACAGAGGACGAGAGCUGACCGUGGUGAUCCAGAUAUUUGAGAUGACGCCGGGGGUGUUCAUGGUGGAAGCACGCAAGGAUGCGGGUGAUACCCUCGAGUACCACAAGUUUCUAAUUUUGUCACUCGCACUCCCUGCUUCCUCUCUUCCACCCCACCAGUUCUACCGUGCGCUGCUGGCACGCGUCUCCGACAUGGUGUGCCACGACGGCACUCCCACACUCCACCCUUCCGUCGCCCCGCCCCUCUCCACUCCUCUCGUUCCUGCAACCCUCCCAUCCUCGCCUUCCGAUGUCGCCACGACCCCCUCCGCGCCAUCGCCCGGCGUGUAUGGCAAGCCAGGAGUGGUGCAGGAGGCAAAGCUGGGCGUCACAGGAGAUGAUGCACAGCUGCUCAUGCGGCCACAGCAGGUUCAGUCAGCCAAUAGACGGGCAUCUCUGGACGAGGGCCGGAUAUCCACCAUGCAGGCGUGUGGCAGUGGUGAUGGCGAGAGAGGCAGGAGAAGAUCCAUGGACGAUUCCAGCCACACAAUUGCUGAUAUGGUCACAAGAGAAGCAGCAGCAGCAGCAGCAGCAGCAGCAGCAGCAGCAGCAGGUGUGGCAGAGGCAGCAAGGAGAGAUGAAGAUGCGUUCAAAUCCCCUGCAAAGGCCAGGUCAUUGGAUUUCUGGCCUGGAUCGCUGAUGUCGUCGGUGCUGCAGUCGCCCCUCUUCAAGGCACGCUCCUCUGCUACUGCAUCGCCCUCCAAGCCUCCAUGCAACCCUCUGGGCAGCGGCCCUCCUGCUUUGAGCCUGACACACCUGCACACCUGCUCGUGCUCCUGCUCCGGCCCUGUGUGCCAUUGUCGGGCGGCACUGAGCUGCAGUGCGGACAGGAGUGGAGGUGGUGAUGGCAGGGGUGAGGGGGGCGGUGACACGGAUGCUGUGCAACUGCAGGAGGUGAUGUGA